CUUUACAUCCAAGACAAGAUAAAUUCUAGUUUAUUAUGAUUUUCAAAUAUUUCCGUUUUUAAGUGUUAAUUAGUACCAAAGAUUUUAUUUGUUCGUGUGACUUCAGUUUUGUUACUAUUUGUUAUCAAAAUUAUUUUGUGCUUUUAUUGUGAUGUUCGAAAACCGCCCGGCAUGGCGUUGAGUCACGCACAAAUUACAGAACUCGCCAGAAGUUGCCGCCUUUGUUUGAGCCAUGGCGGUAAAAUGCAUCCUAUCCAUGCUGGAUCCUGUGAGCCUAGUCUCCCGGAUUUGAUUUUACACCUUACGGGAAUCUUGCCAUCCAAUGGGGACAGCUUGCAUGAGAUUUGUGAAGAAUGCCACAAGCAAAUAUACGAUUUUAUGACAUUCCGUGGUAAAAUCCAGCAAUCGAAUGCCGAACUGGUGCAAAAGGAUGGUGUAGUAGUAGUCAAUGAAAUGUCGGAACAGUCGAAGAAAUUCAACGACAAUUUCACCCAGUUACUGUCACUAAACGAAGUGGUUUUGGACCAGAACGAAUCGACUGAAGAAAACGAUCCGGAAUCGGAUCAGGAAACCCUGUCGGACCCAUUGGAAAACGAAGACUCGAAAUCGGAUGAACAAUUCGAGGUACGGAAGCUGUCGAAACGUGAUCUUAGUGCCCCAAAGGCUUACUAUGGGCUGUGCAACAUCUGUGGUAAAGAGUAUAAGCAUCUGUGGAGACAUCUGGAGUCCCACAACACGGUCCUCGUGGAUCGAUGCAAAGUUUGUGGGAAAGAGUUCAAGUCAAAAACUGCCCUCCAGAAGCACGAGCUGAUGCACCAGGAUGCCGAACACGGGUGUGAUGUGUGUGGGAAGAAGUAUAGAACAAAAAAUCGCUUGAGACGCCACUACCGGACCCAUACGAACGAUCGACCCUUCUCGUGUGAUAAUUGCGGGAAAAGAUUCUAUACUAGAUACAAUCUGGAAGUUCACAGUCGGGUCCAUACGGGAGACAGACCGUACACUUGCCAGUAUUGUGGACUGCAAUUCAUCCAUAGCUAUGCCGUCAAGAACCAUAUGGACAGAUUUCAUCUAGAGAUUUUGGCCCUCAAAGACCCGUGAUAAUGAUACUCAAAGACGUUUACACAUUCGCAUUUUUAUAUGUCUGCCACUUUAUUUUAAUUUAGUCAAGCACAACGCCCAGUAGAAGGGAAAUUUAAAUUCUUCCUAUAUAGAUAUUUAUAGACAUGCUUUGGCACAGAUAGAAAACACUGUUCGAUACUAGCAAUUUAAAAACGUGAUAGAACAUUAUUAUAUACAGAUUAGUUCCUUUUUAACUGCCGACUGAGCGUUUGACUACUUUUUCGCUGUCGAUGGCGUUUGGCACAUGUUCCCAUUUUCUAUAACUUUUAUGAAACUGAAUAAAAAAUAUUUUAAUGUACGAAA